AGGCAGGCACUGGAGCGCCUCGUUCGUCCGCAGCCCGGGAAGAAGAGAACAUUUCCCUGGCCCCUAACCCUGCAACAACCGGUAGUAGCCGUUUUUUCCCUUCCCUCCUCGCCUUCUCCCUCGUCUCUUUCCGCCCGGCUUUGUGUGAAGUUUGCGGCACAUUGCAGAUGAGCCCUUAGCGGCGAGAGGAGCCUAUUGUUCCCCGCCAGGAACUGCUUUGCUGGGGCUGAGCUGGCUCCUGCCUCGCGAGCCGCGGCCGCUGCAGUGCCGGGACCGGCCUGCGGGGCGCGCUGUGCGGCGCUCGGGCCCAGGCAGCCGCACGGCGGCCUCGGAUCUUUUUGUCUGAGAGGGAAGAGAAGUGAAGCCCGCUGCCGCCGCCGCCGCCGCCACCGCCGCCGCUGCCGUAGCCGUACAGUGUGUGUGCGCGCGCGUGUGUGUGUGUGUGCGUGUGUGCGCGCGAUUGCAUGGAGCCGCGUCUGUAACACACACACAUACACACACACACACACACACACUGUCAAUCCCUCACUCCGGCUCCCCCCCACCCACCCACCCCGCCACAACAGUAACCCAAUUCAUUGUGUGAUCCAGCAGCACCAUGUUGAGUCUCAUGUGCGGGCUGGAUCGCCUGGCUUCGCGGCGCUGAGAGCGGCGGCGGCAGCGAGCAGCAGCGGCGGCAGCAGCGAGCAGCGGGAAGCAAGGGAAGGGAAGGAGUCGCGGCGAGGUGCCCCCGCCGGGGUGCGGGGCUGCCUGCCCGGGCGCCGCGCGGAGGAGGCAGCGCCCGCGGGGGCCGCCGGAGCCCUUUUAAACUUUUUUUUCCCCCCAGCCCCUCUCCAUGGCUGCUCCCCGGCCGAGCACGGGCGCCUGGGUCUCCUAGAGACGAGGAGGAGCCGGGGAUUGUUGUUGUUGUUGUUGGAUCGCUUUUUAUUUUCGAGCCCGGCCCGGACCCCCUCCUCCUCCUCUUUUUUUUUUUUUUUUUAAAUUUCCUUCGUCCCCAAACGAUGGCCAAUUCGGCGGGGAAGAGCCCGGCAGAGCAGCGGAGAAAGGGACUCGCUUUCCUGGACGAGCUGCGGCAGUUUCACCACAGCAGAGGGUCUCCUCUGAAGAAGAUCCCCGUGGUGGGUGGGAAGGAGCUGGACCUGCACGCUCUCUACACCCGAGUCACCACUUUGGGCGGAUUUGGGAAGGUCUCUGAGAAGAAUCAGUGGGGAGAAAUUGCAGAGGAGUUCAACUUUCCCAGAAGUUGCUCUAACGCUGCCUUCGCUUUAAAACAGUAUUACUUGCGGUAUUUAGAAAAGUAUGAGAAAGUACAUCAUUUUGGGGAGGAUGAUGAUGAGGUACAACCAGGCAAUCCAAAGCCACAACUUCCUAUUGGUGCGAUUCCAUCUUCCUACAAUUACCAGCAACACAGUGUGUCAGAUUACCUUCGUCAAAGUUAUGGGCUGUCUAUGGACUUUAAUUCGCCAAAUGACUAUAAUAAAUUGGUGCUUUCACUGUUAUCUGGACUCCCAAAUGAAGUGGACUUUGCUAUUAAUGUGUGUACUCUUCUGUCAAAUGAAAGCAAACAUGUCAUGCAGCUUGAAAAAGACCCUAAGAUCAUCACUUUGCUGCUUGCUAAUGCUGGGGUGUUUGACGACAUAGGAUGUUGUUCUACAAGAUUAAACUAUUCCUCACACGUACCCAGACCAAAAUAUUGUCUGACUCUGGGCCAGUCGCAAGGACUCCCAGCUUUAGGAUCAUUUUCUGCUGUAUUUGGAGAAGAAUGGAAAGAGAAAACUGAUAGAGAUUUUGUUAAGUUUUGGAAGGAUAUUGUUGAGGAUAAUGAAGUACGUGACCUCAUUUCUGACAGAAACAAAUCUCAAGAUAUUCCAUCAGAAGAAUGGAUAUGGGAAUCCUUAUUUCACCCACCUCGCAAAUUGGGCAUUAAUGAUAUAGAAGGGCAGCGGGUACUUCAGAUUGCAGUGAUUUUGAGAAAUCUUUCCUUUGAGGAGGGAAAUGUUAAACUUUUGGCAGCUAAUCGCACCUGUCUUCGGUUUCUGCUGCUCUCUGCUCAUAGUCAUUUUAUAUCUCUGAGACAGUUGGGACUUGACACACUAGGAAAUAUUGCAGCAGAGCUUCUGUUGGAUCCAGUUGAUUUCAAAACUACUCAUCUAAUGUUUCACACUGUUACAAAAUGCCUAAUGUCAAGAGAUAGGUUUUUAAAAAUGAGAGGCAUGGAAAUCUUGGGGAAUCUUUGUAAAGCUGAAGAUAAUGGUGUUUUAAUUUGUGAAUAUGUGGAUCAAGAAUCCUACAAAGAAAUAAUAUGUCAUCUCACUUUACCAGAUGUUCUGCUUGUAAUCUCAGCACUUGAGGUCCUUUAUAUGCUCACAGAAAUGGGAGAAGUGGCCUGCACAAAGAUUGCUAAAGUAGAAAAGAGCAUAGAUACAUUAGUGUGUCUGAUUUCUAUGGACAUCCAGAUGUUUGGACCUGAUGCACUUGCUGCUGUAAAACUUGUUGAACAUCAAAGCUCCAACCACCAAGUAGUGCCUGAAAUCAGGACCCAGGUAGUGGAGCAUGCUUCCUCCCAGGCCCAUGGCACAGCUGUGUCAGCAUCAAGAGCAGCACAGCAUGUUGCUCCACCACCAGGAAUAGUAGAAAUAGACAGUGAGAAAUUUGCAUGUCAGUGGUUGAAUGCACAUUUUGAGGUGAAUUCAGAUUGCUCAGUCUCUCGAGCAGAAAUGUACUCUGAAUAUCUCUCAACCUGCAGUAAAUUAGCUCGAGGUGGAAUUCUGACAUCAACUGGAUUUUAUAAAUGUCUUCGAACUGUCUUUCCAAAUCACACAGUGAAGAGAGUAGAGGAUCCAAACAACAAUGGACAGGCACAUAUACAUGUGGUAGGAGUAAAAAGGAGAGCUAUACCACUUCCCAUUCAGAUGUACUAUCAACAGCAACCAGCUUCUACCCCUGUUGUCCGAAUUGAUUCUGUUCCUGAUGUAUCUCAGUCUCCUUCACCAGCAGGAAUCCCACAUGGACCACAAAGUGUAGGAAACCAUUUUCAGAGGACACCAGUUAAUAACCAGUCUUCAAAUUUAACAGCAACACAAAUGUCUUUUCCAAUUCAAGGUGUUCACACUAUAGCACAGACUAUUUCAAGAAUUCCACAAAACCCUUCAGUUCACACACAGCAGCAACAAAAUUCUCCAGUGACUGUCAUACAAAAUAAAGCUCCAAUUUCCUGUGAAGUAGUCAAGGCCACGGUAAUACAGAGCUCUGUUCCUCAGUCUGCGGUUCCUGUUACUAUUGCUGUAGGAGGAGCAGCAUCUAAUCAAAAUCACAGCAGUGCAGGACCACAGCCAUCUGUUACCGUUGUCAGUUCUCAGACAUUGCUUCACCACCAACCUGUAAUUCAACAACAGUCUCCACUACAUGCAGUGGUACCAGGACAGAUACCAUCAGGCACUCCUGUUACAGUAAUUCAACAAGCUGUACCUCAGGGUCAUAUAUUUGGCAGAGUACAGAACAUACCAGCAUGCACUUCAGCAGUUUCACAGGGUCAGCAGUUAAUCACGACAUCGUCACCUGUGCAGACUUCAUCUCAGCAAUCUUCUGCUGGUAACCAGCAACAGGACACAGUCAUUAUAGCACCCCAACAGUAUGUCACAACAUCUGCAUCCAAUAUUGUUUCUGCCACUACAGUACAGAAUUUCCAAGUUGCAGCUGGGCAGAUGGUUACUAUUGCUGGUGUCCAAAAUCCACAAACGUCUAGGGUAGGAUUCCAGAAUAUUGCGCCAAAGCCUCUACCUUCUCAACAGGUCCCUCCUACAGUGGUACAACAACCGAUGCAGCAACAGCAGCAGCAGCAACCAUCCCAACAAAGCGUAGUGAUUGUAAGCCAGCCAGCUCAACAAGGUCAAACAUAUGCACCAGCCAUUCACCAAAUUGUGCUUGCUAAUCCAACUCCUAUUCCACCUGGUCAAACUGUCCAGUUGACUGGGCAGCCAAAUUUAACUCCGUCUUCCUCACCAUCCCCUGGACCAGUUACAAAUAACCAAGUCCCUGCUGUAAUGUCAUCUACAUCUACCACUCAGUCACAAGGACCCCCUCCUACUGUCAGUCAGAUGCUCUCUGUAAAGAGACAACAACAGCAGCAACAUUCACCAGCACCAUCACAGCAACAGGUACAAGUCCAGCAACAGCAACCGAUACAAAUGCAGGUUCAGCCACAGCAAACUAAUGCAGGAGUUGGCCAGCCUAACUCCGGUGAAUCUAGUUUGAUAAAACAACUGCUUCUUCCAAAAAGAGGCCCUUCAACUCCAGGUGGUAAACUUAUACUCCCAGCUCCACAGAUCCCUCCACCUAACAAUGCAAGAGCUCCUAGCCCUCAGGUGGUUUAUCAGGUGGCCAAUAACCAAGCAUCCAGUUUUGGAGUUCAAGGACAGUCUCCUGCUCAGCAGCUACUAGUUGGACAGCAGAAUGUUCAACUGGUUCCAAGUGCAAUCCAGCCCCAAGGGGCAGUACAAACAGUACCCAUUUCUAAUUUGCAAAUAUUGCCUGGCCAGUUGAUCUCAAAUAGCCCAGCAACUAUUUUCCAAGGGACUUCUGGCAACCAAGUUACUAUAACUGUUGUGCCAAAUACUAGUUUUGCUCCUGCAACUGUGAGUCAGGGAAAUGCAACUCAGAUCAUUGCUCCAGCAGGAAUUGCAGUGAGUGGAACUCAGGCAGGAGUUGGGCUACAGGUGCAAACACUUCCGACUACUCAAGCACCUCCAGCUGGACAAUCACCAUGUGCUGCUGCUCCACCAUUCAAAGGUGAUAAAAUAAUUUGCCAAAAGGAGGAAGAAGCAAAGGAAGCAACAGGUUUACACAUUCAUGAACGUAAAAUUGAAGUAAUGGAGAAUCCCUCCUGUCGAAGAGGAGCUGUGAAUGCCAGCAAUGGAGAUGCAAAUGAAAAUGAAAUGCAGGUGGGAAGUCUUUUAAAUGGGAGAAAGUAUAAUGACUCCAGUCUACCUCCUUCUAACUCA